UUACCAAAAUGGCAGCGCAGCAACAACCCGGUGGACCGAUUCCACAAGUUGGAAUGCAGCAAGCUGCUACACUUCAACAACAGCAGUUGAGUCAACAGCAAGAUUUCGACCCAGUUCAUCGAUUCAAAAUGCUUAUUCCACAAUUAAAAGAGAGCCUCCAGGUACUCCACGUUUUGUUUACAUGAGCUGGAAACAAUGGCUAGUCAGUCUGGUCUCUUCUCUGCCACACAGAGGGGGAUUUUCGAACAACCUUUACUUGGCGAUCCUUCGAGUAAUCAAUCAAUGUGUACGCUGCCAUCUGUCUUUCAAAUCUUCUCAUUGAUUGAGUCAGGUGAGUGUCAUUCAACCAGUGGUUAAUUUGGGAGGUGGGGGUCCUUCGUUCUGGGGCGUGCGGGGGGCACUCAGCCAAGGAUGUAGUCAGCUGACUAGCUCAAGAUAACUCAAGCCCACCUUUAGAAUUCAAUCGAUCCGUCAUAUUUUAUUUAACUGGGCUAGUCAAUUAAGAACAAAUUCUUAUUUACAAUGACUGCCUCCCCCGGCCAAACCCUAACCACGUUGGCCUAUUGUGCGCCGCACUAUGGGUUGUGAUACAGCGUUCCAAUACAUCUAUUGGUGUCAUGAGAAGGGCUAGCAGCUAAUGUUCGAUUCAGCUCAGAUCUCCGACAAUGCAUUCAACGCCAUUGGUGAUCGCUAUGCGCCUAAUCCAUGUUGUUGUUAAAAACCCUGGUUUUAAAAUGGUCCAUCUGUCAGUUGAGGAAUAAAUGUAGGUAGAAUAGAAAGCUGUGAUCCUGCUCUGUUAAGUGGCAAUUAAACUGCUGGGCAGUGCCACUCGAAAUUUGAAAGCUCACAGAGGAAUAUUAUUUGCUCCCAUAGAAUGGGACAAGAUGACCAAUUGAAUAGGUAAAUCCUUCUAGGGAAAGGGGGAUACCUAGUCAGUUGAACAACUUAAAUGCAAUCCUAUUGGAUUAUCUGGUGUUGAUUACUUUGUUUUUAUUUAUUUAAUUAGGCUAGUCAGUUUAAGAACAAAUUCUUAUUUACAAUGACUGCCUACCCAGGCCAAACCCGGACCAUGCUGGGCCAAUUGUGCGCCGCCCUAUGGGACUCCCAAUCACGGCCGGAUGUGAUACAGCCCGGAUUCAAACCAGCAACGCCACUUGCACUGAGAUGCAGUGCCUUAGACCUCUGUGCGUCUGGGGCGCAGGAAACAGUAAAUGUCUGUUGAUUACUCGUGUUGUUGGCUGAGGAAAUAUUAAAUGUGGACAACAAUUUUCCAUUAUAUUCAAAAUUAACAUUACCAAAGGUGCAAGAGCCCCACCUGGCUCUAAUUUGAAUCAUAAGUGCAGGGUCUAGGAACUGGCCCAAUUCAACCACUGCAUUCAAUAUUUCUGAGUCACUCAUGACAUGCAAAUGAUCAUGUCUCACUGAGAGAAGAUUUUAAAUGUACAAGAUGGCGGCGUACACAUUCUUGAUUACUUCAUGGAGCAAUUUUUUUUUAAAUUUAAUAACAGGAUUUUUUAAAUGAACCAUCUGCAACUAGCAAUGCGUUGUCUUCCAUGUCGGGAAUUUAGGAAGUAUCGACAAGUAAAGAAUGUCAUGAAGAUUGCCUCUUUAAAUUUGGGACAUAAUACAUCAAUUGACAAUGGCAUAAAGAGCAGCGAUGCCAGUGUACAGCGGUUUGACAAGAGUCUGGAAGAGUUUUAUGCCCUGUGCGAUCAGCUGGAGCUCUGCUUACGGCUUGCCUACGAGUGCUUAUCCCAGAGCAUUGACAGUGCCAAGCACUCUCCUAACUUGGUCCCAACAGCCACCAAGCCUGACACCGUACAGACAGAGUCCCUGUCCUACUCACAGUACCUCAGCAUGAUCAAGUCACAGAUCUCCUGCGCCAAAGACAUUCACAACGCUCUAUUGGAGUGCUCCAAGAAAAUUGCAGGAAAGGGCCAGCAGCAAGGAGUCCUGUAGAAAUGGGCAUUCCAUUAUACUAUCACAUGGUUGUUAUUUUUCUAAAGUUUUGUAUUUUUUUGUAUUGAUUGAUAAGGACAUACACAGUUUAAUAAUUGUUUAACGGAUGCCCCUCUUCAAUUUUCUUCCCCCAAAAAUCUGAAAAGUAGCAAACAAAAUGUCCUCAAGCAUCAAGUAAUGAGAUUCACAACUUUCUUGGAUUAUGGAAAAGGUACUGUGCAUCAGAUCCGGCCAGUAAUGUUUUCAACAACACUAUCCCACUGUUGACACCAAUGGAGUCUUGACGAGGUCACUAGGCGUUGAACUAAUGUUGCUAUAGUAUUUUUACAAUCUGGUCCUCUUUCUUAUUUUGUUCCUCGCGCUUCUUUAAAAAAAAUCUAAUCAAAAUCAAUUGAAAUAACACUUACAACUGCAAUCCGCAAAGAUGAAACAACCACGUCCGUUUGUCAAUAACUUCGUUGUUGUAAUAUCACAAACACCUUUUUCCCGUCGGACAUAAUGCGGGACAGAAGAGCACAACAUCAAUAUGUACAGCUUUUUUUUUAUUACCAUGCUGCUCCACGCUUCUGAGCUUGGCCACAUAACGCGUUGGCACCGUUUCCCGCUACUGUAGCCCAAAUGAUCAGACUCAUUCAUUUCUCUCGAGUCGGGAUGGUGCUAUACCAGAACGCGGGCCGUUGUUGUCAGCAUGCUAGGCUAGCUAAUGCUAUAGCAGCCCAUUGGAUUCCAUUAAAACACGACUGCUAGCGUUGGGAGGAAUUCAACAACACAACCGAAGUGUUAUUGAAACCAAUGAGUUGAUUUACCUUUACUAGCACGACGACAAGGGGCAGUUAAAUACACAAUUAGCUAUAUUUCAAUAUUCUUGAUUCGCCAUUCAUAUUCUCGGGAUAUUUAGGAGUACAGCGAAACAUUCCAUCUCUGGAUUGAGGAACAUUUCCCCAACCGUAUAGCGUGCCGGGCUCGGGUGGUCAUUCUGGCACUGCACCAUUCAGAAUUCAAGAGCGAAAACUAACGAGUUGGAUCAUUUUGACUACCGCUACUACGGAGUUCAGCUUUAAUCAAGUUUGCAUGCCCUAACGUGUAAAUAAGUGUUUUGUUACAAGUAGAGCACAUUACCAAAUGACCACCAGAGAGUGGUGACCAAGUCAGUACCAAUGCUGUCCAAGAGCAGCUACUAGUCAACCAAAUUGCAAAACCUUUGUGGCAGAGUAGCUUUGUCUUAAUUGUGAUAAACAAUUUUCACUCACUUAA